AUGUCACCGGGAGGAGGUGCUAAGCGUUUCAUAGCUGGCCAAGAUUCUGAAUUUGUUCUUAAAUGGCAAAAGUCAAAAAAGUUGGUAAUCGAAAAGGACAACACAGAUGAGUAUUUAUCAAAAUAUCUUAAAGCUAACGCAUGUGUCACGUCGGUCGUAGCUAUGAACGGCUGCGAGAAUGAGUUUUUGUCGACCAGCAGCAAUGGCGAAGGCGUCCAUGCGGCUAAUUUUACCUUGCCCACUGAAACUAAUAUAAAUGAUGACCCAUCCUUAGUGCACUUAACGAAAGCAGUAGAAGCUGGAUUUAGUCUAGCAGACACGAAAAUUAGAAAUAUUGAAGAAAAACUCAAUGUUAAAAUAAGUGAUGUUCUUGACGAUCUGAACGAACUAAAGGCCCGGUCUGAGCCUGUCUCCGAGCGAUUA